UCUCCAACAGAACAUUUGGGCGGCAACGAAGGCUUUCAUUCCUCCCUCCCACCUUACUUACAUCCGUUCGACUGCAGCAAUCUAUCAAGUCAACCGAGAAAACUCUAGUUGACAGCAAGUACUGAACACAGACAUGCAUGCAUCUUCGCCCCCGGCGUUACCAUCUGGUGGCUCUACAGCGCCGACACCAACUCCCACCAACGUGAACUCGCUGAAAGAGGCUGAAGCCGAGAUCAACUCCUGCGUUGCGAUAUUCGAAGGGAAGGAGACUGAGGAGAACUGGCAGGCACGGGAUGCUGCCAUUCAAAAGCUGCGCUCUGUGUGCCGCGGGAACGCGAAGGGGUUCCCAGGCUUUGUGCAGUGCUUCCGCCCUGCCGCCGAGGCGCUCGCUCGAACAGUGCAUAGUUUACGCACUGCUCUCGUUUUGACCACCUGCACGGGCAUCCAGGAUUUGUGUUCGGAGCUGGGGCGGGAUGUGGACCCUUUGGCCGACCUGCUGCUGUCCAAUCUACUCAAAAUCACCAAUCAAGCAAAGAAAGUCGUGGCGACCGCAGCCAUCAACGCUAUCCAAGUGGUACUCGCAUCGGCUUCGUACCAGCCGAAGUUUACACAAUACUUUUUGACGGCUCUUGGGGACAAAAAUGGUGCCGUGAGGGCAGCUGGGGCGACAUUUGUCAAGACAACGCUAGAAGUGAUGUCGUCUACUCCUGAAAACAAGAGUACAUUGGAACGCACAGGAGGUCUGGAAAAUCUGGAGAAAGCACUGAAGAAGGGCCUGCAAGACGCGACUGGGCCUGUGCGACAGACUUGUCGGGAAGCUUUCGCAGUGUAUCGCGGAGCUUGGCUGAACAGAUCAGAAGUACUCUAUCAAACUCUCGAUGCAGCAACCCGAAAGGCAAUUGACAGGGCUCAAACAGCGAGCGCACCAUCGUCGGCGAGGCCAUCUAUCAAACGCGUCGUGACAGCUCGGUCGGGACUUGUCAAACAACGGUCCAGCGUAAUCUCCGUUACAGAUAUUCCCGUGGAGAUUGUCGUACCGACUCGCAAAUCCAAAACACCACGAGAAAUCGUGGAUGCCAUGGAAAUCACCUCAGCGAGCAAUGUGCGAAAAUGGAACGAUAUGAUGAAUGUUGCGGAAACGGAAGACAGGGAACAGCAAGAUGUGAACUCCGUUCCUGAAGGAGGCGACUCGGACAUUCACGUGGCGGACCUGAGUAGAAUUGAUAUGGUGGAGCAUAAGACUCUUUUGGACAUGACGAAUAUGACUUUUGAAGGGUCGCUGCUUGAUAUCCGUGACGAGCCUGACAUCAUGGAUGAAACUAUGCCCUCGGGCUUCGUCGACAAUGAUGGUCACUCCAGCUUCAGCGUCAUUUCAUCGGAUAAGGCGAGCGGAUCUGUCAACGGGAAGGAGUCCAACAGCAGCCAAUCCCAAGAGCGAUCUCGAGAUGUCGAGCAGCCCGCAAAUCAAUCGACGCCGAGAGCGAAAGGUCCGGAAUACAAAGCAGCCGCGCCCUCUCCUACGUAUCCCCCACAGGCGCGUCAACCAUUAUCCGAGAAGGGACAGAAGGAGUUGCAUGUCUCGACGGACGCCUUAGGGAAACGCAAGAGCCCGCCAGUAUCCCCAUCCCCGAAUAAGCCAGGCAAUAGCAUGGGUACUCCCGGCGAUCGUUUUGCAGCGAACCAGAAUUUGCUCACAACAGGGGGGACUCCGCUAUCGGAGCAGAAGACUAAAUCGGCACGCGUAUUGGAAAUGCCCAACAUCUUGCAUAGCAUUCAAGAGGGCCGCGCGACUAUCAGCGACUGGAGGCGUCUAUACCGCAUUGUGGACAACUCGGAUGUGCCGGAGUCGGGCAGGCAAGGGCCGACCUUCGAUGAAUCAACAUUCUGGAAUGAUUCGUUCGACAAAACGCUAGGAGCUCUGCUAGGUGCCUUGCAGAGGCGUGACUGCGAUGAUUUCGCGAUGGAGACCUGUCUCCUUGUGCUCGGAAGACUUAUACAGAAGCACGAUAACUUGGGGGCAGACACACAAUCCCGAAUUCUGAACGCGCUACUAAGAAGCAUGUGCAGCGAAUCGAAAGAGAUUUGUGCGAGCGCCAAUUCUGCUCUUGAAAUGCUGCUCAGCCAGAUGAAGCCGGAGGAUGUCUACCGCGUGCUCCUAGCAUUACUCGACGCGCAACGCUCCGGAACUGGAGGUAGUGAGCCUGGACUUUCGAAAUUAGCUUUGGACAUCAUUACUAGAUUGCUGCCCGGCCUUGAUGGGCUCAUCCCACAACACGAACUCUACUCACGCGUCGGGUCGAUAGCCUUUGAGUACGUUAACUCGUCCAGCUCUUGUCUACGACGAGCGGCCACAUAUUGCAUGGUCGAGCUCUACUUGGUUGCUGGCGAGAAGAUGUGGCAACAUGUAGGAGCCCUCUCCGGUCCGCAAAAGAAACUCGUUACCGUCGCCUGCCGGCGAGAGAUGGGGCGACGACAACGGCUGGCGUCUACCAACCUCAAUGACACGCAAAGCCCCCGUUCAUGGAACCAAAAAACGGUCGAGAAAAGCUGUGAUUCUGGUUCCACCCCCCGGAAACGGCGGGAGUAUAAUCAGCAGAACUAUGCCCUAGACACGAAUUGGCAGGUGGGCCAAUGAGCUUGGUCUCCUGAUAUUCUAGUCAUCGGAUGACGGCAGAAAUCGCAUCCGACGGUUCUUCUAACCACAGACAUGGAUUUUGCUUUGUAUAAUCGAAACAUCGCUUUUUUGGGAUAUUGAGCUACAAUAGUAAUCUUUUCUUCCGGGACCUUCCAUCCAUAUGUAUAUAUCCACGUUCCCACGUAAACUUGCUUCCUAAUAGAGCCUCCCCUGUCUCAAA